AAAGGAUCCUCCAUUCACUCGAACUUUCCUCCGACAGAAUCGAUGGCGAAUUCAGACACAGUUAUGCUCGUAAUCAGAUCCUCUCGGCCACAGUUUCGCAACAACCGCGACAAGGUAGCCUUCGUAGUCCACGCUUCUUUCAUCUCCUCCGGUUACAAGCUCGUCGCUACAGGACGUCCUGCGCUCGCCGAAGACGCUCUCUCUUCCUCUCCUUCUCAAGGAGAGGUUGGGAUCGAGGGGUGGAACGAGUUCGAGGAGUACGCGUUUGUGUAUGCGAAGAAAGGAUCGAAGAAGAUUCUGGUUAAGUGUUUGGUGAUUGAUGAUAAGGUUCUUGUUGAUGCUAUAGCUGAAGGUGGAAGAGAGCCUGCUCAUCUCGAGAUUGAUGUUGAGAAGUAUGUUGCUGAGUCGAGCGAGGAGGGUGAUUAUGAUGCACAGUUCAAGAAUUUGGAGAAGUUAGUUACUGAUUUGCAGAAUCAGAUUCUGUACAAGGUUGAUGAAGGGCUUAAACCUGUUCCUCCUACUACGACCCGGUCCAGAUCGGAGACAAAUGAAGAGCCUGAGGCUGGAUAUUACGUAGGAAGGCCUGUUCCAUUAGGUCCUCAGAUUCACCCCUCAGGGGUGGUAGUUCCUCCUAUACCCGGCCCAGGUUACAGCGAUCUCAUCCCUGGCCCAGGUGCUGGAGUAUACCCGGUCAGGGGUGGUUUUGGCGAUGGAAGCAUGCUUAUAGGACCCAAUGAUCCUCGCAUGUUCCCCGGAAUUGGUGAUCAACCUGACUUCAUGGGACUACCACAACCGGGUGUGCCACCUCCUGGUGCACGUUAUGAUCCUAUUGGCCCUGGUUUUGAGCCAGGCCGGUUAGGAAGGCAACCUCCAAGGAGGCCGGGGGAUAUUCAUCCAGAUCUUCAGCACUUUCCCCGCGGUUUUGGUUCAGAUUAUAUCUAGUAAAGUCAUGUUCGAAAGAUACAGAAGAAUACGUGGUCAUAAGAACGUCAUCUCUGUGUGUUAAAGAGUCUUUAGUAGUGUCUACGUGCAGACAAUAGGAUCUAUUUUGCUUUGCUUUUUGUCUGGAAUUUAUUUCUUUUGGUUUAUAACUUUAUAUCCCAAAGCUGGUUGUGUUUAUAACUUUGUCAUAUACAUAUAUAUAUAUAUAAAUAAAGUUUUGGCU